AGUCAGGAUUUUUCUAGGGACCACAUGAUAUUUGCGAGUGAUGUCAUGACCAUUAAUAGCAUGUAUUCGACCGGUAGACAGGUCGAAGGAGGAGUUGUUUGUAUAAAAAUAAAAUUGACAAGUCUGUCGUAGACGUCGUAGAAGUGGCUGGUUCCGUACCGUAAUUGGUCUUUCAGCGUUUCAGAAAUUGAGGAUUAUAUUAAAAGUGGCGUUCUACAAUGGAAGAGGAAGCAGAUCUUUUUGAAGACGCAAUAUCAGCGAAUUCGGUUAACUCCUUUAGUUCAGGAUCUGCUCAGAGGAAAGGGAGGGAAUACAUCAGUUUAUCAUACUGUACUGUAUAUGACAGUGCACAGGAUCUUGAAACCCAGCAAAGUGAUAACAUAGAAGAUCCAGUGAUGGCUGCAAGACAUGAGCCAGUCAAAUCCAAUAGUUGCAGUAAUGAAAAUAAGAUUGUGACAAGUCCAUCGGCAUUCCAAAAUGAAGGUCACUCUAUAGAUUUUGUGCUAGUAUGGACAGAGGGUUCAUCAGUUUCCUGCAGUGAAGUUGCGUAUAAGAAACGGGCAAUAUUCGAACGUCACCUAAGAGAAGAGGGAUUGAUCUUGGAAGAAGAACAGAAUCUAUUACUUCACUUUAUCAAGAUCCAUGCUCCAGUUGAGGUUCUUAGCCGUUAUGCUGAAAUACAGAAACUUCGUAUGCCAAUGAAAAAGUUUGAUGGCCCAGAGGAGCUGGAAGAAUCAUCAUUUGAUAUCAUGCAGGAAGUGAAAUCUUUGGUACGACAUCUCAUGGAAUAUUUUCGUGUUGAUCCAAGUGUGUUCCCUCCACAGGAGCACAGGCUUACUGCAGAGUUUGAUAGGGAAAAAAUAUAUCUGUUUGAUGUUGAUUCAGAGAAUUUCUUCACAGCUGCUGUUCGUGCUAUUGUAGUAGAUUUCAUCUUGGAGCGUACAGAGUUUUCUGAAGACCGUAAAACUCCGUUCUGUUUUGGAGUUAACCGCUUGGUAUCUGAUGGAGUUUACAGUGCUGCAUAUCCUCUUCAUGAUGGAAAUUACACACAAGAAGGCUGUCUUCGCCAUUCACUCCAUAAGGAAUGGGCCUCACUUCGUAAGUGGAUUAUGUACCAACCCAUAGAUCAUAUUAAAGAAUACUUUGGAGUUAAAUUUGGCCUCUACUUUGCUUGGCUUGGUUUCUAUACAUACAUGUUGAUUCCUGCAGCAUUGGUAGGCCUCAUCUGCUUCUUCUAUGGGUUGGUCACAUUGCACUCCGAUACUCUUAGUGAGGAGAUCUGUAACCAUCAUCUGAACAUCACUAUGUGUCCCUUGUGUGAUACCUGCCAUUACUGGAAUCUGGCAGAAACUUGUCACUAUGCAAGAUUUGCAUACCUCUUUGACAAUCCCGCCACCAUAUUUUUUGCUUUCUUCAUGUCUUUUUGGGGAACACUUUUCUUGGAAUUGUGGAAACGAUACUCAGCUGACAUCACGUAUCGGUGGGACCUUUCAGGAUUUGAUCUUCAGGCAGAACAUCCUCGCCCAGAAUAUCUUGCCAGGCUCCGAAAUGCCAAAUACAAGACCAAUGUUGUCACACAAACUAAAGAACCAUAUGUUCCAUUCUGGAAAGUCCGUGUACCUGCAACUAUCCUCAGCUUCUCAGUUGUUUUAUUAUUGAUUUCUGUGGCAGUGGCUGCUGUGUUUGGAGUGGUAUUAUAUCGAAUGGCCUCAGUUGGCCCUAAAAGCAUAUUUGAAGGUCGGAACAAGUUCAUCUUAAUUCCUGCAACAGCAGGUGUUAUUAAUCUUGUGUGCAUCAUGCUUCUUAAUUAUGUGUAUAACUGGGUGGCUGUCAUAUUGACAGAAAUGGAGCUUCUCCGAACACAAACAGAAUUUGAUGACAGCUUGACACUGAAGAUUUAUCUGUUCCAAUUUGUAAAUUACUAUGCAUCAAUAUUCUACAUUGCCUUCCUUAAGGGAAAGUUUGUUGGCUACCCUGCCAAAUACAAUCUUGUGUUUGGAUGGCGCCAAGAGGAGUGCAAUCCUGGUGGAUGUUUGAUGGAACUCUGUAUUCAACUCGCAAUUAUCAUGGUUGGCAAGCAAGCAUAUGCUACUGUCAUGGAAAUGGUUAUUCCGCUAUUGCAGAAGUGGUGGAAUAAUUUCAAGGUUAAAGAAGAAGACAAAGAGAGUAGGCAGAUUAUAAACCAGUGGACUGAGGAUUACAAAUUAGUAGACUGGGGUCCUCGAGGAUUAUGUCCUGAGUAUCUAGAAAUGGUUUUGCAGUAUGGGUUUGUUACCCUCUUCGUGGCACCCUUCCCUUUGGCUCCAUUCUUUGCAUUGUUGAACAAUAUUUUGGAGAUGAGGCUUGAUGCAAAGAAGUGCCUGCGGUAUUAUCGUCGGCCUGUUCCUAAACGAGUAAAAAAUAUUGGUGUUUGGUUCCACAUUCUGGACAUCCUUGGAACUCUCUCUGUUGUUACAAAUGCAUUUAUCAUUGCAUUCUCAUCCAACUUUAUCCCACGGAUGAUGUACAUGCACAUUGUAAAUCCAGAUCACACGGAUGUUGGGUUCCUCAAUCAUUCUCUGGCCUACUUUGAUACAAGACAUUUCAGCCAUUCACACAACAAUGUAUCUCAUGUUGACAUAUGCAGAUACCCAGAGUACAGAAAUCCGCCAUGGGACGAACAUCCAUACAAGCGUCCUCUUAUAUACUGGCGUAUCCUAGCAGUACGACUGAUAUUUGUCGUCGUGUUCCAGAAUGUGGUUAGCCUAGUAAAGAACAUUGUCAGGUGGCUUAUUCCUGAUAUACCUCGCAAACUUCAUGAUGAAAUGCUCAAAGAGGCAUACCUCACAAAUGAAAUCAUCAUUGAGCAAGAGAGGAAACGAGCACAAGCCAUGAAUCCAGGUCGAAUUGGCUCAAGGGAUUUUCUUACAGGAGAAAGGAAUGCUGUGGCGAAUGAUGAUAGAAGACGUAAAAGAAGAAAGAAAAAUAAUCCAGGAAAAAUUGGCUCUCCAGAUUUCCACGUUGUAUGCACCCUUCCUUGAGGAGAAAUAAAUUAACUUCUUGGAGUACAACAUGAAACAGACAUCUGUUUCUGCAGUAAACUCUAGUUAACAGCACUGAUGGUCUUUUCUUUUCUUUUCCAAUUUCUCCUUUUCUUUUCAUUUUUCCAAUUUUUUCCUACUAAUUUUUGACAGUGAGGUUGUGCCAUAGCUUAGGAGAUUAGUUGCCAGCUUCUAAUUGUGGCAGCUUGGUUCAGGCCCAAGUCAGUUAAUGCGGUAUUUGUGAUCGACAAAUUGGCAUUGAGGUAGGCUUUAUUAUUCAUCAGAUGAUCCAUUUCUCUUUUGUGUCAUCUUGGGCUAGUACAAUGGACCAGUUGUGGCCUAAGUACCAAGGGACUUGGCCUCACCUCACCCCCAAGGAAAAAAUCAACAGUUUUAUGUAUCAUAUAUCAAAUUUCUUGGCUAUGUUUGGUACAUUUGAUAGUCAUCAAAGUGUUUGCCACUUCUUCACUAGAAAACAACUAGACUUUCUAUUAGAAGUGUUUAACACUUUAGAAGAAGAGACUUACAUUCUUAGACAACUUUGUGAAUUCAGCUUUUGCAGGGAAGAUUAAAAGAAUCAAAUCUCAUGUUGCACCAGGUGGAUUCCAAUAAGUUUCAAUUUUAUUUAUUAUAAAAUGAUUGGAGAAUUAUAAAUGAAAUGGCUGGAAUUUUAGUUUGCCUUCAGUGUGUGAAAUUCCUUAAAACAUGGAAUACCACAGGGUUGAUGUUUAGCUGAGUCUUCUUGCUUACCCAUAACAUUAUAUUUUUUCUUGCUUUAGCAAAGCAGUCUUUUGACAGAAACAGAGAACCAGUGUCACUUUGAAGCCAAUAGGACAAAGCAUUUAUGAGGAUCCAGUAUUCUCAGGAACAAAUAUAGGAAAUACAAAUGCACAUAAUUGAGUAAUGCCUUCAAAAGUGGUGAAUGAAAAUGUUGUUCUUUUUAUGUAUUAUUACACAACAAAUGAAACCAAAAUGUCCUAUCAUUUCUGUGUGUUUAGUGGGUAGCGAACUUGACAGCUGCCUUUUUGAUGAUGAUUGAAUUUAAAGAAGAAUAGUAGGUUCAGUUUAUUCUGCAUUCACUAUACUCGUAAUGAAUUUGACAUAAACUUGACAACUGCCUUUUUGAUGAUGUUUGAAUUUAAAGAAGAAUAAUACAUUCAGUUUAUUCUGCAUUCACUAGAACGAAUUUGACAUGAAACAGUAUUGAAAUUUCCAGUUGUAUGCCAAAAGUGUUUUCAUCUUACCCCCCCCCCCAAUGCUAUAUUUCUUAAUAUGUAUCCAGAAAACAGACUUUUUAUCCUGACAGAUAAUUGAUUCAUGGUAUAGGGUCUAAUUUUUCAUUUACUAAGAACUGUACUAAAAUGAUCAUUAUAACAGAAUAGCAAGAGGGAAACUUAUAGCAGCAUUAUGUAGGGUAAAGGGAAGGAACUGUGUCAAAUAAGGAAACAAUUAACAGUGCAAAGGCCCAAAUAACCCAGAAAUGACUCUUUACAGCUGUUGUAUCUGUAUUUGUGUUUCUACUGUAAUAAUGUUUUUUACCUUUGUACAUUUUUAGCUCUUCAUUCCUGUGGUAUGAAGCUGAAAGAAUUACAGUGAAAACCUAACAUAAAAAGUACAAGCUGUAAUGGGUAUUUCAGUUUGGCAAACAUUUUCUUAUGCACCAUAAAUUUAAUUAUGUUGAACGUAGUAAUGUUCGUCAGUUCUGGAGAUAUCCAUGGGACAGACAACUAUGCUACUUCUGUGCAAACAAAACCAAAUGGAACUGGAAGUAAUCAACUGAUUUACCUUGAACAGGAAAGGUGUUCACCAGCUCAGCUGAAAAAAUAAUGCCCACAUCAUAAAUGGUAACAGUUACAUUCAUGCCUUUGAAGGAGCAUAUAAACACACCAAAAUUUGCUUACAUCUCUAUGUAAGUAGGUACUUGCAAACAUUCACCACCUUUUAUUUAUGCGUACCAACCUCUUGUUACUACUUGCUUUGCACGUAUCAGUUCUAUGCUUGCAUGAAUAGUAGCAAAUUUUUGGUAGUGUCAUGCACAAACUGGGUCAUAACAGUGACAAAAUGGAAAUAAGUACAUUCAAUUACAUGCUUUGUCACAGAGGAGUCACCAUUUUUGUAAAUGAUUGGUACCAUACAAAAGUCAUUUCCCACUAUGUGUUCAUGCUAUUCAAAAUAAGAAUCUCCAUUGUUACUGAAAUCCCAUGACAUUUUUUCUUGUGUAUAUGAAUUUCAGAUUUGAUGAUGUGAUUCAUGUGUAGUUCACAUAUUUUAGAAUAACUGUUAAUUCUGUUCCAAACCACAUUUUUCAGCUGCGUUGAGAUUACUGCACAUAUUCACUGUUUGAUUUCUAUUCUUCGGUCCGAAAGUGCCUAUGAGUAUUAUUUCUAGUCUAAAUUUUUCAUUCUGUUAUGAAUUCUCAUUAUAACAUACUUUGACUGUGCAAGUAUUCUGUCAGCCAGCAAAAGGUGGGAUUUUUUAUAGUUUUUUGAUUAGUAAUGCUAAUAGAUUGGAAACUGAUUUAGUUUUUAUUCUCAAACCCUAUAAUACAGAAGAAUGGAAAGACAGGUUAUGGUAUAUUAAUGUGAGUGUUAUUUUAAUUUGUUCAUUUUGUACUUGUAAUUGUACUCUCAUUUUGUUUUACAUUAGAGGAAAUAUAAAAGUGGCUUCACUAAUGUUAUGCAAACAAUUCAGAAGGUGAAGUUUCACGUGUAGUGUCCACUGUAGUCCACAACAAGACUUUCUAGUUCAGUGGUGCAUAAAAAUAAUUAUCUUUCCAUUGCUCUCUACAUUGCUGUUCAUAAAGUUACGAGUAUUUUCCUUUUGAGAAUAUCUUUGCAUUUU